AUGCACACCAUGGACACCCUGGGCUACGGCCACAAGAAGUAUCGGCCGCCGCUCUCCCCGACCAACUUCUACCACCAUGACUACUACUCGAGGCACACGACUUUACGUCCACAGAGCGAAUAUCGAUUUGCGGGAAGCGGUUACGCCCGGACGACGAGCAGUGGGCGCAGCGGAGGGCUCUGCUCAGCAGCUCUGGUUGGCGGAGCGUUGUUCGCUGCUGUCGCAGUGCUCGCAGUCGCCGCGCUCGCUUUCUAUAUGGGUGCCCUACGCCCGGAUAAUGGGGAACCAAUAAUGACUUUCGAGGGCACGUUGCGUGUCACGCGUGGAGAUGUGUACGGAGGAGCGCCGGGGAGCCCAGCUUGGCGCGAGCGAGCUCGACGGUACGGUGCUUCCUUGCGACAAGUAUACGCCGGACCGUCAGCAUUGAGACAAGCUUUUGCUGGAGCGAUUGUAACUGGCUUCGGUGAUCGACGGCUCGAUGUCCACUUCAGACUCUAUCUUGAUAGAAGAAAAAUACCGAGCUCGGUAACAAAUAUAGAAGAAUCAUUGAAAAAUAUAUUAAUUCAAGACUUGCUCUCAAAGCAUCCAGCCUUUGGGCAAAUAAAAGUAGAUACUUCAAGUAUAGUAAUAAAAAGAGAUUUAGAACAUACAUAUCAUUCAGAGCAAUAUGUAAAAGAAGCAUUAAAUGAAAGCAUGGCUACUAAUAAUGUUAAGUCUCAAAUACCUCAAAAUACAAAAGACAAAACUUUACAAAGCCGAAUCGGUGUUGUACGCAAAACUACUAUUAAACCAAAUCAGUCAUCCAAAAACAAUGACCCAGAUGAACCUGACAUAGACACUGAGAAUAUACCAGUAGUUCAAGGGUCCUUUCAAAUAACUAAAACAGAAGCGGAUAUAACGGAAAAUAAACAUAGCGCAAAUCCAUCACGAAAUGAAGAAAAGGUAAAUAAAAGUUUUUCAACUUCGAGAACAACAACAACUACUAAAUCUUUAACGACAAAAUCAACACCAUUUCAAAAUACAAGUACAAAAAAAGGGUUAGCUACCACACCUAGAAUUCGACCAAUUACGAUUAAAUCUACGUUAAACAUUAAACCAAAGACUGAAGAAAAAGGUAAUAAACAACAGGAAAUAACCACACGUAAAUCUAUAAUUUCUACGCCAACCACAGUGAAAUCAACCAUAUCGACAAAAAUCACAACAACUUCGACGACUACAGUAGCAACUACUACAAAAAAUGUAUCACAAAUUUUAUUUGAUCUUCUUACAAAUGAAAAUCAUGGUAAAGAUUUGCCAAAAAUUGAUACAUUAUUCACAGUUCCACAUGUAAUUGAUAAUGAACCAUGGCGACCUAUAACUAGACCAUAUUAUGAAACAACUAGCAAACAGCAUGUAUUGCCUGAGGAAGAUGUAACUGAACAAGGAGCAAAUGACAGGAUUGGGGUGGCAGAAGUUGUUGAAGAUACAUCUCUAUUGGAAAGUAUCUUAAGCCCGAUACUUCCAGCAAAACAAAGAGAUAAAACUACACGUAGACCUUCAGGAUUAUAUAAUAUGGAUCCUCAUUUAGGCGGUGAAGUUUAUAUGCCUAGUCCCGUUUAUACCAGUUUUACUCUUCCUGCUUUUAUACCACCAUUUAAAGACAUGGAAACUCUCGGUUCAAGUUUCCCAAAACCACACCCACUGCCUGUUGACAAGAUAAGCAGUGUUGUAGAAAUACCAGAAACUAAUCAGAGUACCAAUGACGAUGACGGAAAGCCUAUCAUUAGGCCACCAAAAGAUAAAAAAACUUCUGUAACGAUUAAUGUCGUACAGUCAGACCAAUAUGAUAAUAGCACAGAAAAGGUAUCUAUAGAGGGUAUGUCAAUCCUUAAAAAACAAAAUACGUCUAAUGUUUCUUCAAAGCUUACAACAACAAUUACUUCGAGUGCUACAAUAAAUGAAAUUAUAACCACUACUAAUCUUCCUAUAAAUGACACCAUGACAAAUAUUCCUCUUACAAAUAAAACAAAGGAUCAUAGUAAAGAAAAUUUUACAAAACGCCCUAAUAAUAAGGUAUCGAUUAUACCCUCAACUAGUUUACCACAUCACACUUGGGAAUUAGUUAAUACAUCCACUAACAGUAAUGGUACAACGAGUAAAAAUUCCUCUCCUCAAAAAUACUAUAAUGACACACUACAAGCGAUAAUAACAAAAAAUGAUGCUAUUUCACCCAAUACAACUCCUAGAUUUCCAAGUAAACUUGCUAUUUUGCGUAAUUUAACAGAUAUCAUAAAACGAUACUCACAAAAUACGCCGGAAAAACAAAACGAAUCCACAACCCAACUAUCGACUAUAAAAAGUACUGAAGAAUAUAAUAUCGAAGAUGAACAUCGUCAUCUACCAAAUGAAAUGACGGGAUAUGUAGAAGUCGUUUCAGAUGAAGAGCUUGAAACUACUACCGCUAGAAUAAUAACUUUGAUGCCAGCAAAAUCUAACUUAGGUGUAAAUCGGCCACUACGACCUCGGCCAAAAAUUGAACCACAAGAAAUAAAAGAAGAAAAGCGAAGUUUUUUAGAUACACGAGAAAAAACGGAUACACUAGUGGAAUAUGAAAAUGUCGACGACGUUGUACACGAUUUAUCUGAAAAUGUACCAGAAGCGUCAGAAAUCGUAACAACAUCGACACUUAUAUAUAAUGACAAAGUCGACAAUGUAGCUGAUAUGAUUGCAUCUUUAAGAACGCCAGAAGCAGGAGGGAGUCAUUCAAGUGGAAAUCGACUCCCUAAAUCUCAUGCUAAUUUAUAUCCUAGUAGUAGUAACUUUAUACAGACUGUUUUGGAAAGUACUAAUGCAUCUGCCAUACCACAAGGAACGUAUAGAGUAUCAUAUCAUGUUUCAGGAAGCGUAAGUACGAAACAAGCAAAUAAAACACAACCUCUACCUGCUUAUGAAUUGGCUUUAGGACCAGACGUCGUACUAGAUAUACCAUUAAACCAAACCGGUUCGUUAACAGCUGAUAAAUUAAAGCAACUUGCAAAUUUAGCAACCAUUUCAGAUUUCAACAAUAAUAGUUUAUUUCGAGCUCCUGGAGGAAUCAUUUCAACUAAAGCAAUUCCAUCAAGCUACGCUUUAAAUUCAGCUGGUUUUAAGAUACUGACCAAAACAUACAACAAAUUAGAUUUACAAUCUUCGAAACAAGGUGAAAAUAAUUUAGGUAAACUAGAAAAAAACUACAGCGUUCCCCAAAAAAUUAAGGAUAUCGUUAAAGAAGUAAACGACAUCGAGGAAUGUAACAACGCAACAUCAUUUUUAUGUAGUAGUGGAGCUUGCAUACCUUCAACAUCACGUUGCAACAAAUUACUGGAUUGUCCUGGAGGUGAAGACGAGCGAGCUUGUUCUUGUGCAGAUUACUUACGAGCUGAAUUUUCGCAGUCAAAAAUUUGCGACGGUUUUGUUGACUGCUGGGACUACUCUGACGAAAAUGAAUGUGAAUGGUGUGGAAAAGGUCAAUUUGUAUGUUCUAAUGCACGUCAAUGUAUACAACUGACAAAGGUUUGUGAUGGAACACCGGAUUGUCCACUAGGUGAUGAUGAAAAAAGUUGUGUCGCUUUAGGUGAUGACAUAGAAGACAAUGAGGUGAUUCCUUAUAACGAAGAAGGGUUUGUAAUGGUGCGUAAGCGUGGUGUUUGGGGUAGAUUAUGUGUUGAGAACUUCAAUGACGUUGUUGCACAAGCACACAGUUCGCUUAAGCUCCCUGAUUUAGGUAGAGCCGUUUGUCGAGCUAUGACUUUUCACGAUUCACCCUGGACUCGCGAGGCACGAGAGGGACGCAAGGCCAGUACCAUAGGAUACUGGGAGGUGCAGCACAACGCGCACGCCCGCGCGGCCGACACGCGGCUCACGUUCAAGCGCUCCUCGUGCGCGCGCCACCGCGCCCUGCGGGUGCGUUGCAAGGACUUGGAAUGCGGCAUACGACCGCACGCCGAUGCUCAACAACCCAGGGCUGUAACUCACGAGCGCGUGCGGUGGGGCAGGGUGGUGGGCGGCGGCGGCGCGGCGGCCGGCGCCUGGCCCUGGCAGGCGGCGCUCUACCGCGACGGCGACUUCCAGUGCGGCGCUACGCUCGUCUCCGCGCAGUGGCUACUUUCCGCCAGCCACUGUUUUUACCAAGCUACCGACGCGCACUGGGUGGCCCGGCUGGGCGCGCUGCGGCGCGGCGCGUGGCCGCGCGGGCCGUGGGAGCGCGCGGCGCGCGUGCGGCAGGUCGUGCUGCACCCGCGGUACGCGCCGCGCGGCUUCCGCAACGACGUGGCGCUGCUGCGGGUGGACCCGCUGACGCUGCACGCGCGCCUGCGCCCCGCCUGCCUGCCGCGGCCGCGCGCGCCCCCGCCCGCCGGCCGCCACUGCACCGUCGUGGGCUGGGGGCAGCUUUACGAACACGAACGCGUCUUCCCGGAUACCUUGCAGGAGGUAGAGCUUCCAGUCAUCUCGACGGCGGAGUGCCGGCGCCGCACGCGACUACUGCCGCUGUACCGCGUCACGGACGACAUGUUCUGCGCCGGCUACGAGCGCGGCGGACGGGACGCCUGCCUCGGGGACUCGGGGGGACCGCUCAUGUGUCAGGAGGCAGGUCGGUGGUACAUUCAUGGGGUUACAAGUAACGGCUAUGGAUGCGCGCGAGCCAACCGUCCAGGCGUCUACACGAAAGUCUCCAACUACAUAGAAUGGAUAGACAGCGUUAUAUCCACUUUCACGCCUGAGAAAAACGAAACAAUACCGUCGAGCGAUGAACAAUACUCUAACGAAGAUUUCUACUCGGAUUUAGAAGCGGCGGAGAAUAAACGAGCCAUUCAUAAAACGUACGAUUCGUGUAGGGGCUUUAGAUGCCCUCUCGGCGAAUGUUUGCCGGCGUCGAGUGUUUGUAACGGUUUUCUGGAAUGUUCCGACGGAAGCGACGAAUGGAACUGCAGUAAGAGAUCGUCAAAUUCGAGUAGAUUAAAUCCAGAUUGAGUCAGUACUGUAUAUAUUCAAUGUAAGCCAGUAAUUAUAGAUUACAAUUAUUCAAUCUCGACUGAUACUUUAUAAGUAGAAUUUAAGGUACGUUAUGUGUAAUUUUACAUAGGAAUCUCAAUUUCUGAAAAUGUAAUUCUUUUUUAAUUAAAAAAUAUUAUCUAUUUAUGCCAUACAUUGUGGGUAUUUGUAUAUAUAGCUAUAAUAUUUUUAUAUGCCCGAUCUUUUGUUCUGUUUACUUUAAACUAUUUAUUCAAAAAUAUGGACAACCUUUUCCGUUUGAAUUGUAUCAUUUCAAAUGGACGAUGUAGACCAUAAAUAAAAUUAAAUAUAAAAUAA